AUGGAGACAGGUGUUCUCGGUUGCACAACAAACCAACAUUUAGCCAGGAAGCGAUGCUGUUGUAAGCUUGCCUGUAGUAGAGACCAACCAGUGCUAACUUUCAGACAACUUGAUUUUAAGAAGAACGGUACAAAUACCAUCUUGAUUCAAAACAUCUAUCGUAACCCCCAAAACAGUGCACAGACGGCUGACGGCUCACACUGUGCUGUGAGCGAUGUUGAGAUGCAGGAACAUUAUGAUGAGUUCUUUGAGGAGGUCUUCACAGAAAUGGAAGAAAAAUAUGGUGAAGUUGAGGAGAUGAACGUUUGUGAUAACCUUGGAGAUCAUCUAGUUGGAAAUGUAUACGUAAAGUUUCGCCGUGAAGAAGAUGCGGAAAAGGCUGUGAUUGACCUGAACAAUCGCUGGUUUAAUGGACAGCCCAUUCAUGCUGAACUUUCACCUGUGACUGACUUCAGAGAGGCUUGUUGCCGUCAGUAUGAAAUGGGAGAGUGUACACGAGGAGGUUUCUGCAACUUUAUGCAUUUGAAGCCCAUUUCUCGAGAGUUAAGACGCGAGUUGUAUGGGCGGCGUCGUAAAAAGUAA